CAGCUGACCGGCACCGACCGCCUUCAGUGGCUGCACAAAUCCUGGACUGGACUGUCACAUAAAUACCGCGCGGGGAGUGAUGGCCGGGAUUUUUGGAAAGAUCUUCGUGGGUAUUUAUGUGGAGAUAAAGCGAAGCGACGGACGAAUACACCAGGCCAUGGUCACAUCUCUGCAUGAAGACAAUGAGAGUGUGACCGUGGAGUGGAUUGAGAACGGGGACACCAAGGGGAAAGAGAUUGAUCUGGAGAGCGUCUUUGCUUUGAAUCCAGAUGUCGCUCUCGAUGAAGAAAUCCCACAGAGUCCUGAAGCACCUCUUCCUCUAUCCAGUGUCGCCAAACCCAGCAAAGUCCCUAAGGCCCGACGAACCACAGCAAUACCAAAACCUGAAAAUGCACUACGGGAGAACAGAGCUGCAGCAGUAGGAACCACUCGAGCCCGUCCCAGCCAGUACAACCAAGCUGCAGAACCACUUCCACCCUCCAUUGUUCCCCCACCUGCAGUCAACCAGGCACUGAUGCAGCAGCAGAACGCACGGAGGAAAUCCAACUGUGUAAAGGAAGUGGAGAAACUGCAGGAAAAACGAGAAAAGAGACGACUUCAGCAGCAAGAGCUCAGAGAGAAGAAGGCUCAAUUGUCAGUGAAAGAUCUGGAUGUCAUCACCAUUCCUAGUAAAGACGUGGUCAUGGUCCAUGAACCAAAGCAGAAAGUUGACCUGACCCGCUACUUGGAGAACCAGACAUUCCGAUUUGAUUACGCAUUUGAUGAGAACUCCACCAAUGAAAUGGUUUACAGGUUCACAGCUCAGCCGCUGGUUGAAACUAUAUUUGAGAGAGGAAUGGCAACCUGCUUUGCAUACGGACAAACAGGAAGUGGAAAAACACACACUAUGGGUGGAGAUUUUUCAGGAAAAAACCAGGACUGCUCGAAGGGGAUCUAUGCUCUCUCUGCCAGAGAUGUUUUUGUCAUGUUGAAGAAACCAGCUAAUAAGAAGAUGGAUCUGCAAGUUUUUGCAACGUUCUUUGAGAUUUACAGUGGAAAGGUGUUUGAUCUUCUGAACCGUAAAGCCAAGUUACGGGUUCUGGAGGAUGGGAAGCAACAGGUGCAGGUGGUGGGGCUGCAGGAGAGGGAAGUGAAAUGCACUGAGGAUGUCCUGAAGCUUAUUGAAGUGGGAAACAGCUGCAGGACGUCUGGACAAACGUCAGCAAAUGCUCACUCUUCUCGGAGCCAUGCUGUGUUCCAGAUAAUUUUGCGCCGGCGGGGGAAACUGCACGGAAAAUUCUCCCUGAUUGAUCUGGCAGGGAAUGAGCGAGGGGCGGACACUUCCAGUGCUGACCGACAGACUCGGUUGGAAGGAGCAGAGAUCAACAAGAGCCUGCUGGCACUCAAGGAAUGCAUCCGGGCCCUUGGGAGAAACAAACCUCACACUCCGUUCAGAGCCAGCAAGUUAACUCAAGUGUUGAGGGACUCCUUCAUAGGAGAAAACUCCAGAACAUGUAUGAUUGCCACCAUCUCUCCUGGAAUGGCAUCUUGCGAAAACACACUCAAUACUCUGAGAUAUGCCAACAGAGUAAAGGAGUUUGGAAUAAGUCCUUCAGACAUUCCUUUCUCUCAGAGCUCAGAAGGAGGAGGUCGCUCUGAACUCUCUCCUACAUAUGAGGUGAAAGAUCUCACUGUGGACUCAGCAGCAACUAUUGAUGAAGGACACAUCACUCAGCUGGAGGUCCUGGAGGCUCAGUGGGGAGUUGGGAGUUCUCCACAAAGAGAUGACCUGAAACUGCUCUGUGAACAGAAUGAGGAAGAAGUUUCUCCGCAACUGUUCACCUUCCAUGAAGUUGUUUCUCAGCUGGUGGAGAUGGAGGAGCAGGUGUUGGAGGACCACAGAGUGGUGUUUCAGGAAUCAAUCCGCUGGUUGGAAGAUGAGAAGGUGCUUUUAGAAAUGACGGAAGAAGUAGACUAUGAUGUUGAAUCAUAUGCAACUCAACUGGAACAGAUCCUAGAUCAGAAGAUAGACAUUCUCACUGAGCUCAGAGAUAAAGUCAAGUCUUUCCGAUGUGCUCUCCAAGAAGAGGAACAAGCUAGCAAACAAAUAGCCCCCAAAAGACCUCGAGUACUUUAG